AGAAGCCAACUCAGUCGUGAUGCUGCUGUUUGUGUUGCUAAAUCCCCCGGAGUCCAGUUAAGAAAUGGGCAGCUGUCUCUUUAAGUGUGAUUUCCUUCUAUUGUAUUUGAAUCGUGAUCAGGAAAAAGGAAAUGAAACCAGAGACUCGGGGCUGAACUAAAUAAUAAUAAGGAUGAUGCUGAUCUCUGCAUCUGCGGCAUAUGCACCUAUCUCAGUCUAGAGCAUGUACAGAGCUGUCCAGGCAGAAAGCAUAAGCAAAGCAAAGGGGACUCCAGGGUAAGCAGCAGUGACAGCUGAGACAGUCUGUUUCCAUCAGUGAUCUGAACAGCAGCAGCAGCAGCUGGGGCUGCCCAGCCACGCAGCAAGCAGGAGGAGCAUUGCAAGGAUGGGAGGUUAGAUCCUAAGGGUCAGCCUUGCGGAGACAUAACCCAGCAGCAGCAGCCCAUAUUUCUUUCUCUCUUUGGUGUUGCAGGAGGAAAUCCUGUGAAUGUCAUUGGGGGGUGGAGGGGAAACUCAGCUGGUGAAAAGGCAUCAGGAGCAGACAGCCUUUGUAGGGGCAGAGGGGGCAGAUCCUACCAGAGACACACUACAAAGGAACAAGCCCUGCCAAUGUCAUCAGCCAUCGAGAGGAAAAGCCUCGAUCCUUCCGAGGAGCCAGUGGAUGAAGUGCUCCAAAUCCCCCCUUCACUGCUGACAUGUGGAGGUUGCCAGCAGAACAUUGGGGACCGUUAUUUCCUGAAAGCCAUCGAUCAGUAUUGGCACGAGGACUGCCUCAGCUGUGACCUGUGUGGAUGCAGGCUUGGAGAGGUGGGGAGACGAUUGUACUAUAAACUGGGCAGGAAACUCUGCAGGAGGGACUAUCUCAGACUCUUUGGCCAAGAUGGCCUUUGUGCUUCCUGUGACAAGCGAAUCCGGGCCUAUGAGAUGACUAUGCGAGUGAAGGACAAAGUAUACCACCUGGAAUGCUUCAAAUGUGCUGCUUGCCAGAAACAUUUUUGUGUCGGCGACAGAUACCUCCUCAUCAACUCAGACAUAGUAUGUGAGCAGGACAUCUAUGAGUGGACUAAGAUAAACGGGAUGAUAUAGCCAGGACAUGAAGUAACUUAUGGGUGGCACAAAUGCAUAGCUGCAAUGAGGAAAUAAUCGCUCAAACUAUGUGUUUUGUCUAAACUGGGGGG